GCAGUCCCCGGCCCCACUCCGUUCACCGGCACAGGCGAGUUCCCCUCGAGUCAGCAAGGCGUUCGUUCAAAUUGAGAAGUUUCUCGAUCCGAAAAGGCGGUUUUUUUUUAACCUUAUUGACUCAGUUACUCGUAAAUAUCAUUCUUUAGUCACGUUAUUUUUAAGUUAAGCGUAGCUUCUUUUUUGAACGGCUUAAUUUGAUAAUCAAGUUAAGUUUUUCUCUUUUUUCUUUUAAUCCCGCCCGCGCUAUCUUAACGUCUGUGCGCGCGCUAAUUAGCUUAACAGCUAGCGAGAACAGCUCUAAAGGACCAACAACUGCAGCGUGUGGAUGUGCCCUUGUUCAUCUGCAGUCACAGUUGCACAAUGGCUGGCUUUUCAUUCUGCUUAAUUUCUCUGCACCCAAAGAACAACAACAGAUCUAGCAAGACUUUAGGAUAGCAAUAGAUUUUCACUGUACCUCUAGUUUACCUUUUCUGGUUAGAUCCAGAUAAACCUUUACAAGUUUGCACUGCUGAAUCCCACACAUCCUGUUUAAAACAGGUGGGCCUAAAAAAAAAAAAAAGCUAAUUAUUUAUUUACCUCUAUUUACCUCUUUGUUUUACUAGCUGCUGUUUAGAAACUGAUUUAUUAAAAAAUACUUUGUCAGGCAUUUAUUCCUCUAAGAUUGUGAAGCAGUUUCUUUUAAAAUCUACAAAAAUGUUUUCAACAACUGCAACUGCAAUAACACUGGCCACCACCUUGGCACCCAGCACUGCUCUGACUGAGUAUGUGUGGUUGCUGGUUGUUGGCUUCAUCAUUGCCUUCAUCUUAGCCUUUUCCGUUGGUGCCAAUGAUGUUGCUAACUCAUUUGGCACAGCUGUGGGCUCUGGUGUGGUUACUUUGCGUCAGGCAUGCAUUCUAGCUACAGUGUUUGAGACCUUGGGGUCUGUGCUUCUUGGGGCAAAAGUGAGUGAAACCAUUCGCAAGGGUAUCAUUGACGUGGGCAUGUACAACGGCACUGAGCAUGUCUUGAUGGCUGGAUCUGUCAGCGCAAUGGUUGGUUCUGCUGUGUGGCAGCUGGCCGCUUCCUUCCUUAAGCUCCCCAUCUCUGGAACGCAUUGCAUUGUUGGUGCUACUAUUGGCUUCUCGCUGGUUGCCAAAGGCCAGCAGGGGGUCAAGUGGUUUGAACUCCUACGUAUUGUUGCUUCCUGGUUCCUGAGUCCCCUUUUGUCUGGAAUAAUGUCAGCCAUUGUCUUCUACUUUGUGCGCAGGUUCAUCUUACAGAAAGAAGACCCAGUACCAAAUGGAUUGAAGGCCCUGCCUGUCUUCUAUGCGAUAACCAUGGCAAUCAACUUGUUCUCCAUCAUGUUCACUGGAGCUCCGGUGCUGGGAUUUGACAUGAUACCUUGGUGGGGCAUCCUGCUCAUAUCAUUGGCCUGUGCUCUGCUGACCUCCAUUGUGGUUUGGUUUAUCGUCUGCCCUCGCCUAAAGAAGAAGAUUGAACGAGAUAUCAAGUCCAGCCCCACUGAGAGCCCUCUGAUGGAAAAGAAGGAGCUUAAAGAGGCCCACUGUCCAAUCUUGAAGCAGGCAUCUACCACACCAGCUGUUAAUCACAAUUCUUCUGCUGAGCCCCUGGAAGCCCCCGAGGAGCGCAGGGUGGCCUUUGACAUUGGAGAUUCUGAUGAAGCCGAUAGUAGUAAGGAACAUAAGGUGGCAUUUGACAUUGGAGAUUCUGAUGACACCGACUACAGCAAUUCAAAUGAUGCCCCCACACAGGUUCAAGCAAACUGUCAGGUCCACUUCAGUCAGAGUAAUGGUGCCUCCACAAAUGCUCCGAACCAGGUCCAGUUCAAAAACCACGUUCAGUUCAACAGCAGACCCCCACAGCCACCAAGUAACGGUUACAGCCAGUAUCACACAGUCCACACAGACUCAGCCCUCUACAAAGACCUACUGCACAAGCUCCACUUGGCCAAAAUGAGUGACUGCAUGGGAGAGGGGGCUGACCGACCUAUCCGGCGCAACAACAGCUAUACCGCCUACACCAUGACAAUCAUCGGCAUGCAUGACAAGCAUAAAGAGGGGGAUUUCCGUGCUUGUGAGGAUAGCAACAAGGCUCCGGGGUCAGGCGGUCAAGACAAAAAGCGAGUGCGUAUGGAUAGCUACACCAGCUAUUGCAAUGCUGUGGCAGAGCACACAACUCCUGAAGGCCUGGUAGAGGGUGACGUGAGACUAGACGUGGGGAUACAGGAUACAGGUAGCAGCCAGAGCUCCCUGGAUGAUGACAGGCCUGAAAAAGACAAACCAGAAGUCUCAGUCUUGUUCCAGUUCCUUCAAAUUCUUACUGCAUGCUUUGGAUCCUUUGCUCAUGGAGGAAAUGAUGUUAGUAAUGCCAUUGGACCUUUGGUAGCUUUGUGGUUGGUUUAUGAAACGAGCAGUGUGGUGUCAAACGCACCUACACCCAUUUGGCUGCUGCUGUAUGGUGGUGUGGGCAUCUGCGCUGGACUCUGGGUAUGGGGUCGCCGGGUGAUCCAGACAAUGGGCAGAGACCUCACCCCAAUCACCCCCUCAAGUGGUUUUAGCAUCGAACUGGCCUCAGCCUUGACUGUUGUUGUUGCUUCUAACAUUGGCCUGCCUGUCUCCACCACCCACUGCAAGGUGGGCUCUGUGGUGGCAGUAGGAUGGCUGCGCUCAAGGAAGGCAGUAGACUGGCGUCUGUUCAGAAACAUCUUCAUGGCGUGGUUUGUGACGGUUCCCAUCUCUGGUCUGAUCAGUGCUGCUAUCAUGGCACUCUUUGUCCACGUCAUCCUGUGAGCACUCGGCUGCACCCCAAGCAAGGGGAGGAGAAAGAAACCGCUCCAGUGUGCACCAGGAGGGAAAGGAGUGAAGUUUGAAGGCCAAAAUGUAUCACUUACCUCUGGCUAAUGACUUCAGAAGGAAAAAGGAGGGGGAGGAAGAAAGAAAAAAGUUUGAAAGGGUUUGACAUGUGCCUGUGGUUCUUGGCUGCAUCAUUUUCCAGCUAUAACUUGCUGUCUGUUCCAUUUGGGUCACAUAACCUGUAGCGGCAACUUUUUUAUUUCUUUGCUCUGGCUUUUUCAUAUCUCAUCAUUCUGUAAAGAGUUAAACUAAAAUCAGCUGUUUAUUUCUAAUAAUUCAUGUCUUUUUUUACUUUGCAGUUAUGUAUGAUCAUUAUGUACAGCCAUUUUCUUUUAUACAUUAGGCAGAAAUGAACAACUUAAAAUGCAGUAUUAGUCUAUUACAGGUAUAACACUCAAGUCAUCACACAUGCUGGAAACUGAUUAAAGGAGGGGGAAAAAAAAAAAAUCAGUAUUUAGGUGAAAAUGUUUCACCAUUUCUGAGUAGUUAGUGAGAUCUGACCACACCUGUUUUCUUUCAAAACCAGAACUUAUUUGUUGAAAGAUCAAAAUGUUUUCAGCUGUUUGAAAGCAUGUUUUUCUACCAUAUGUCACAAUAUAGUUCAAACAUUGAGUGUUCUGUAGGAGUUAACUGUACACGCUGGAUGAUCAUGUGCAGAAUGUUUGGAGAAAUGAUUAGCAUAAGAAGUCAGCACACAUCAAAGAAAUGACAAAGCCCAAAUUGCCGGUUGCAUAUCCCGUUCUGUCUGGGCUUUCUGUUCUUGAUCAGUGCAGCAAUGAGUGCCUGCUCUGUUGCAAUAUAAUUACAGAAUAUCAACAAUGUGUUCUCAAACACACUGUUCUAAAACUUGAUUGCAUCAUCCCUAAUGGUUUAUUGCUUUAGGUCAGCUUCAGCCUUGUUCGUUUGUAGUCCACUUCCCAAUGUUUUUAUCAUGGUGUUUACCUGAGCACCAUGUUUUUACCUUUCCUCUGGAUCUUAUGUGACAAGGCGCAGGAACCUAAAAACUGGAAGUUUAUUGCGUGGCCAGUGUGUGAUUGACUGCAGUACUAAAUGAAUUUCAGAACCUAGAUGCUGUAGCUGCCUUAAUUGUUUUAUUUUCCAUUAGGUACCAAAGAGUUUUUUUUUUUUUUUUUUUUUUUAAAUGC